AUGCCACUUGGUCUUCAGUGCCUUCACGAUGCCAGCCAGGGCGCGGGGCGCGAGGAGCAGUUAGUUGACAUUGUCGCCGUUCGCGAUGUGCAUCAGGACCCCCUUGAAACUUGGACUCACCCAAGAUCUGGGACCAACUGGCUCCGCGAUUUCCUACCGCAGGACCUCCGCGUGGGGCGGGUGCUCGUUUACGGUUAUGACGCGCCGGCCUCGGCCCUGUUCGCCGAAGAUGCUCCGGAAACGAUUCAACGGAUGGCCGAGUCGUUUGUCCAGGAGCUCCGUGCGGAUCGCCACCUUGCGGGCACGCUGAGAAGACCCAUCGUAUUUAUCUGCCAUGGCUUCGGCGGUGUGCUCGUUAAGAAGAGCCUGGUUUACGCUUCGACACGGACAGCCCCCAAGGUGACUCAUUUAUGGGAUCGUUACGUGUCGACUUUCGCCAUUGUCUUUUUGUCUAAGUCAGCGCGUCACCAAGUAGGCGCCUUGUUCCGCAUCGCCGGAGACAAGGCCGAUUUACAAAUGCCCCGUCUGGUCGAUAGCGAUUUUGCUCCGCUUGUAAAUCAAUUCCACCUGUUUUUCUUCUGGGAGGAACUGCCUACUCGCCUCGGUCCCCGGUCCGCCCUUCUCGUCGACCACAAAUCAGCCGCGCCUAAGCUUGAUAACACAGAAACCGCGGGUAUCCACGCGACUCACGCUGACAUGUGCAAGUUUGCCUCUAAGUCAACUUCUGACUACAGGACUGUUCUUGCCGCCCUGGCAAUGUAUUGUGAGAAGGCUCCUAGUAUCAUUGCCCGCCGGUGGCGACGGGCAGAGGUUGCCCUCAAACAGCUUAGGAUGGGCGAGGCCGAAGAGAUGGGCGGAGGUUUUGAGUUUGAGGUCAAUACCGAGCAGCCAUCUCAGAGCCAGGAUAUCCAAUCACGGGAGAUAACUCACUUUUAUAUUCCCGAGGAGACUACGCCGACCUUUGUAGGUCGUCAGGAUCUGCUCACCACACUGCACACCACCCUCUUCCCUGACAACCGCCCGACGACACGCCCUGGGCGCAAGGCUUUUGUUGUUUUUGGGAUGGGAGGAUCGGGGAAAACGGAACUAUGCUGCAAAUUUGCGACGGACAAUAAGCACGAGUAUACCGCCGUCUUCACUAUCCGCGCCGCCUCUCCCGAAACGAUCAAAGAAUCGUACUGUACCAUCGGCCAGCUCGGGGGGUUCGAGCCGACCGAGAGCGCUGGGCGCCACUUCCUUAUGCAACAAAAAGAGCCGUGGUUGCUCAUCAUUGACAACGCCGACGAUCGAUCCAUUAAGCUGUCGCGCCUAUUUCCCGCAAGCGGCUCCGCACAUAUUCUCGUCACAACGAGGGUGCGAGAUUUUAGUCAGGAAGGGACACUCGGCUCACUUGAACUUAACGGGUUGAAAGAGGCAGAAGCGCUCCAACUGUUGCUCACCAAAGCGGACAUCCCACAGCCCUUGGAUUUGUCUACCACGAAGACAGCCAUCCGCAUCGCAAAAGAGCUGGGGUACCUUGCAUUGGCGCUGAUUCAAGCUGGGACCUCUGUGUACCGGGGCGUCUGUGAGCUGAGUGGCUACCUCGAGAUUCAUUCCGUGGCGUGGCGGAGGCAACGAAAGCAACAAAAAUCGGAACUGCCCAGCGACCCCAUCACCGACGUGAUCGAAGUGGUGUACUCAACCUUCGAUAUUUCGCUCGGUGUUCUCGAACAAUACGACAGCGUCCAAAGCCAGGAUGCUACCGAGCUGCUUAGGAUGAUUGCCUUCUUCCAUUUUAAGUCCAUUCCCCUAGAACUAUUUUCCCGGGCCGUGUCCGCCAGAGAAGCCGGACCGGUGGGCGGAUUGUCAUCCAAAUCAUGGACAGCAAGCCUCGUAGACGGGUUAUGGCGUCGGCUUGAACCUCCCGCUCCCUUGCCAGGUUUCCUCAAAACUCCAGACCGUGAGGUGGGAAUGCAGCGAAUCCGGUUUGCGCUUGCUGACCUUCAAUCACUUUCGUUCAUUCAUCUCAACGGGAAGUACAUUUCGCUGCACCCCCUAAUCCAUUCAUGGGCGCGGGAUAGCUUGACCACGAGUCAGGGGCCAUUAUGGGAUUCAAUCGCCCUACACACCAUUAUGCGGUCCAUCUCGCUACCCCCGGACAGUGAGACCAAGAAAGAUGGCGAAUUCCAUCGCGAUAUCCUCCCACAUCUCGAGACUUGCCUCUCCAUCACCGGUAAUCCACUGUCGUCUGAUAUGCUUGCAGCGAGCCGAGGUUGGCUGCGGGUUUCGUUGAUUUUCCGGCCCACGCUUUUCAUCUUAAUACGGGAUCAGAUUCGAAUGCACGCGAAGCCCGGCUGGGUUUAUGCCGAGCGAGGUCACUUUGAAAAGGCCGCGAUCCACCUGCAAAUGGUACGGGAUAUGCUUGGUAAGCUGGCCGGUGAAGAGGACGAGAAGACGAUGAGCGCAACGCUCGGCCUGGCCGGGGUAUUAUGGGGUCUAGGGCGUUUAGAGGAGGGUGUCAGGCUAGGGAGCUUAGUUGUUGACACGCGAAAGCGCAUUUACGGGCUCAACGAUGAGCGCACUCUCGGUGCGAUGAACCGGCUAGGCCAGUCGUACUGGCUCAACGGCCAAUACAUCGAGGCGCUUGCCCUGCAGGAAACGACAUGGAAGGGUAUGAAGGAUGUCCUCGGCGAUAGCCACCCGUCAACCCUCGAAGCACUGGACAACUAUGGCGUGACCCUCGGCGCAUGGCAUCGUUUCCAGGAAAGCCAUGACGCACAUCAGUUUGUCCUGGCCGCGCGACGUGCUGCCCUCGGCCCAACCCACCUCGACACUAUCACCACCCAAAGCAACUUGGCAAUGGCACUCCUCGGCUUGGGCCGCUCUGAUGAUGCCCUGACCGGUAUGACUGAGGUCUAUGAGCAGCGUCAGAAGCAACUUGACAAAGAACACCCCUGGACACUCUGGGCGCUCAGCUACCUCUGCAAAAUCCACAUCCACAUCGGCAACCUCGCCCAAGCCGAAGCCCUACUAACCCAAAGUCUUGAAGCCGCCACGUGA